AUGAUUCCCUAUCCAAAAGCAGACAAAGGUACAAGAAAAACAGCGACCGAUGUAACAUUGGUCCCUAUAACAACUUCGAGUAGCACAGCAAGCGUUUAUUCUACAACUACGUUUAGUGUGACUAAUAUAUUUCCUCCGAAUUGCAAUGGAUCUAGUGAAGUAGAACUACCUAAUGGUACUUGCGUAUCAAAAUCUGUUGUUCAGAUGAAUAUGGUUACUAUUUUACGUAAUAAGACAAACAAUGCCACUGCUGUAGCAUAUGCUCUUUCAUACUAUUUCAGUUCAAUUGCAAAUACAAAUUUAUCAACGAAUCCAAAUUAUAUUUUAUUACCUGCAGAAAUCGAGAAAUAUAUUGAUAG